GUUGUAUUUUUCACAUUUAAGGUCUUUUUCAUUUUGUUUGCAUAAUAAUCGGCUUCUAGUGCUAACCUUAAGGGAUUGAGAGGAUUUAAGUGAGGUAAUCUGUGUUAUAUGUACUUGACACAGCUUCUGGUACACACCAAGUGCUUCAAAUAAAUGGUUAACUGUUGUACUGGAAGAAAGCUCAGUUCUUUGAUUUAGGUGUGGAGAAAAAGAGUUCUUAUAACCAGUUUGUUUUGCUCUCCCACUUUGCCAAGGGAUUAUACUAUAGUCCCUUUCCCUUGGAAUCGUGUCCGUAUUGCGGGGCUUGGAUAUAGUGCCAAGGUUUUGGGGGGACAUGGAGCUUUUGAGGCAUCUGCUGACCCAGGCCUAGGAUCUAUGCAUGUGACCUUAGUUCCUGUAUCCGUCCUUGUCCCUUUAGGAAGACUUACAGUUGAGGUCAUGGAGGGCAUUCUGUGGCUUUUUGCUACAAUGGGGAAGGGAGAUGUGGGGGGAGGAACCACAGUCUCUGAGACUGUGUUGGCUCUGACUGCCCCGCUGACCUUGUAGCCAUAAACCCUUUGGGGACCAGGUCCUGCUCUGGGCAUGUUGGAGGUCAGGUUCCUUUAGAUCUCGGAUCCGUGUACUCUGGGUUUAGCCACUGCUUGUCCCUCUGGAAAGCAGAGCUCACAGCCUCAUUCUUUGGGCUCGCCAGUGUGUGUGUGUGUCUGUGUUUGCUGGGGUUCUCUGCCCUCAUCAUAGUCAUCCUGACCUCCACAUAUUUCGUCCAAAUUACCCGGAAGUCUUUGAGUUUAGAAACCAUAGCCAAACAGUUAGAGCCAUCUCUGUUUUCCACCUUAUUUCAUCUCCUCCUCCAGGUGGCCACGUAAGACCCCCUAAGUGCCUUGGGGUGGAGGUGGUGGACGCUUGGCAGUGGCAGCAGUGGGAAGGGAAGGGCACACACCCGCUCUUACCCGCUCUUACUAUUGCUUCAUCACAGUGUUGUAACUGCUGUCUUCCUAUCUUAAGGUCGGCUUGUCUUCCUAUCUUAAGGUCAGCUUGGAGAUGUUCUUUUCUUCUCUAUCUUUUUAUCUGUCUACCAAGUACUAUUAGCCAGAGUCUAUUACAUCAAAUAGGAAGGAAGGGAGAGGCCCAGGGCAGCGUAAGAUCAAGAAUCACAAGCGCUUAUUGAGCGCUCACUGCGUACUUGGCAUUUUAUGUCUUCAUGGAAUCCUCACAGAACCUUCACGAAAUCAAGCCCAGUGAGGUUGACUACUAUUUUGAGUGAUGGGAAACGGAAGCCCUGAGAAGUGAUGCAAGUUGCCCACAGGCAUGUACUUGGGCAGUAAGUGGCAGAGCGAGGAUUUGAACCCUAGGGGGCUGGCUCGGAGUCCUGACCAUCGGUGUGCCUUAGGGCUAUGGGUGGCAACCUGUACGGGCCCCGGCCUCUCCUGGCACUGCGUUCUGGCAUGCACAUGCAGUAGGCACUGCCAGGCCUGAGACUUCAGCCCCGGCACUUGCAGCCGCUCAGCCCCAUGCGCCCCUUGUUUCUGAGUGAGCCCCAGAGCUGCGGAGCCUGCCGUGCCACUGGACAGCACCCUGCUUUUUGUCCACUGCCGCUGGCCUGGAACACAGUGCCCUCCUCCCUCCAUGCCCACAGUGGGCCCUGUGUUCCUGGCACAGCUGGAGCCCUGGUGCCCUGGACGGCUGUGCAGGGAGGUGGCCAGACGCAGAGCUGGCGUGGCUGUCGGACAUUGGUGGGGCCGCAGUCUUCCUGGGUCACAGUUUGGCAUCCUCGUCACUGGACCAGAACUGGAUAGGGGACUUGCUGCCCAGGCCAUGGGAGAGCCCUGUUUUACUCCUGCACAUCCAGCCGUCUUGGCUCGAGGAGAGGCGUCCUGUGGGAACCAGGGACUGCGCGUGGGACAGAGUCAGCUGCCUUCCGGGGACCCAGGUAUCUGUGGCUCCAACUCCGUCGAUCUGUCUGCACACACCUAUGUGCGUUUUCUUCCUGAAUGAUUUGAGAGAGCUGGAAGUGCCCAUCUCAUCCCUCCUGAGACAUCUCUGCUCCAGGACCCAGGCGAUCCUCGGGUGACAAGGUGACAGGUCCUCACAUCCCUUUCCAGGUUUGAACAGCGCAAUGGGGUGCAAAGUUCUGCUCGGCAUUGGGAACCAGAUGCUGCGCCGGAAGGUCGUGGACUGUAGCCGGGAGGAGAGCCGGCUCUCUCGCUGCCUGAACACUUUUGACCUGGUGGCUCUCGGGGUGGGCAGCACGCUCGGUGCUGGCGUGUACGUCCUGGCUGGGGCUGUGGCCCGUGAGGACGCGGGCCCUGCCAUCGUCAUCUCCUUCCUGAUUGCGGCGCUGGCCUCGGUGCUGGCCGGCCUCUGCUACGGAGAGUUUGGUGCUCGGGUCCCCAAGACGGGCUCGGCCUACCUCUACAGCUACGUCACCGUCGGGGAGCUCUGGGCCUUCAUCACUGGUUGGAACCUAAUCCUCUCCUACAUCAUCGGUACUUCAAGCGUGGCGAGGGCCUGGAGCGCAACGUUCGAUGAGCUGAUCGGCAAACCCAUUGGGGAGUUCUCGCGGAAGCAUAUGGCUCUGAAUGCCCCCGGGGUGCUGGCUGAGAACCCAGACAUAUUUGCUGUGAUCAUAAUCCUUAUCCUAACAGGACUUUUAACUCUCGGCGUGAAAGAGUCAACCAUGGUCAACAAAAUAUUCACCUGCGUCAACGUUCUGGUCUUGGGCUUCAUAAUGGUGUCGGGGUUCGUGAAAGGGUCGAUUAAAAACUGGCAGCUCACGGAGGAGGAUUUCAGGAACACAUCCCACCAUCUCUGCCUGAACAAUGACACAAAAGUAGGGAAGCCCGGCGGUGGUGGAUUCAUGCCCUUCGGGUUCUCGGGGGUCCUGUCAGGAGCAGCAACCUGCUUCUAUGCCUUCGUGGGCUUUGACUGCAUCGCCACCACAGGUGAAGAAGUCAAGAACCCUCAGAAGGCCAUCCCCGUGGGGAUUGUCGCUUCCCUCCUGAUUUGCUUCAUUGCUUACUUUGGGGUGUCUGCCGCCCUCACACUCAUGAUGCCCUACUUCUGCCUGGACAAGAACAGCCCCCUGCCUGACGCCUUCAAGCACGUGGGCUGGGAAGGUGCCAAGUAUGCAGUGGCCGUCGGCUCCCUCUGUGCUCUCUCUACCAGUCUUUUAGGCUCCAUGUUCCCCAUGCCUCGAGUUAUCUAUGCCAUGGCUGAAGACGGGCUGCUGUUCAAAUUUUUGGCCAAAAUCAACGAUAGGACCAAAACACCAAUAAUCGCCACGGUGACCUCAGGUGCCAUUGCCGCUGUGAUGGCCUUUGUCUUUGACCUGAAGGACCUGGUAGACCUCAUGUCAAUCGGCACUCUCCUGGCUUACUCUUUGGUGGCUGCCUGCGUGUUGGUCUUACGCUAUCAGCCAGAGCAACCUAACAUGGUAUACCAGAUGGCCAGAACCACCGAUGAACUAGAUCAAGUGGACCAGAAUGAAUUGGUGAGCACCAGUGAUUCCCAGACAGGCUUUUUACCAGAAGCAGAGAGAUUUUCUUUGAAAACCAUACUUUCACCCAGAAAUGCGGAGCCUUCCAAAUCCUCCGGGCUAAUUGUGAACAUUUCAACCAGCCUCAUAGCAAUUCUGAUCCUCACCUUCUGCCUUGUGGCUGUGCUUGGAAAGGAGGCACUGACAAAAGGUGACUUGUGGGCCAUCUUUAUGCUCACCAUAUCUGCCCUUCUGUGCUCACUGGUGACGGUCAUCAUCUGGAGGCAGCCUGAGAGCAAGACCAAGCUCUCCUUUAAGGUGCCCUUCUUGCCGGUGCUUCCCGUCCUGAGCAUCUUCGUGAAUGUCUAUCUCAUGAUGCAGCUGGACCAAGGCACGUGGGUCCGGUUCGCAGUGUGGAUGCUAAUAGGCUUCAUCAUCUACUUCGGCUACGGUCUGUGGCACAGUGAGGAGGCGUCCCUGGCCGCUGACCAGGCAAGGACUCCUGACAGCAAUUUGGACCAUUGCAAGUGACGAGCAGCCCCGCUCCGAGAGGUGGCAGCAGCCCUGAGGGAUGCCCGCAGCGGCCCCGGGAGCACCUCGCUCUCUCCACCGACGCAUCAGGACCCCCCACAUCCACAAAGCCCCAACGCAGCAGAAGGUGCAACUACUUGAAAUGCAGCCUCGGCCCACAGCUCGUGUGUCUCACCCAGACUGGCUCUGCGGCAGGCGCCCCGGGUCCCGGUCACCUCUGACAGCUCCCAGCCGGGGCCACUCGGCUGUGGCUUCCACUGCGUCUCCUCACAUCCCUCUGAGCAAAGAAAGCCGCCCUCGCCCUCGCCAGCCCCGUGCCCGCGCCGCUGCGAGCAAAAUGGCGGACACCUUUGCUUAUUCCCCCGGGGAGCCCAGGCCUCCCUCCCGAGGACCAUCCUGGUAUCGAACAUGUGCAUACUCCCAACUGUCAGCACCCAUCUCCCUGCUCGACCCCGAAGCCCGGCGUACACGCCAGAUGAGUAACCCAAACGGCGUGUCCUCAGCAGUUCUGCCCCCAGAGCCACAGGACAGCCGUUCACUUAAAAAGGAAAAGCAAGCCUGGGUUCCUUCGCCCAGUCCUGUCCUCUCUGCUUCCAGAAGGGGUCCUUGGAAAUGGGAGUCCUCCCCCACUCUCCUUUCCAGGCAGGGACUCUGCCCCGACCGCUGACAGAACCUGGCCCACUGCAGUGGUGGUACCGAGGGUGGGUGUCUCCGUCGCCCACCAGAAGGGAGCGCCACCGCGGGACCCAGGCUGGAGGACCGAGGGAUGGCUGGCCCUGCCCCACACGCCUGGGGCCUCCUCCAGCCAUCCUCUCUCCGGGCCUGGGCACUUCUUGCUGCUUCCGGUAUCUAGCGCCAUCAGCGGUGUGUCCCGAGUAACUGGGAUGUGACACCGCGUUUACAUAGGACUGGCCUUAGCUUAGCAGAGCUUAGAACCCUGUGUCCUGUGGGUCUUCGCUAAGUCCCACCCUCCGAUGCGUGUGGGUCCGCUUCUGGAGUCUUGCAAGGUUCUCAAGGCAGGUGUCCGCUCCUGCCAGCUGCUUCCGGCCCCUCUCUUCUACAUAAUCAAACCGAGGCCUCCCGUUAGCAUCUGUGAAUCCCUCCACAUUAAGUUGGCACUUAGUAUUAACUUGGAAAGUGGCCAAAUAUUUACUCCGUGUGGGGUCCACACCUGAGACUCUGGGGUCAUGUUGCUGUCCCUGUCGUGUAUCCUGUCCAAAUGCUGCAGGUUUGUAUGUGGGUUUGCAGCCCUGCCCCAGACCUCCCACCUCCACAGUUUGUAAGGCGGAGAGCCGGUGCUGGCCCCUGAACACAGCGUGCUCCCUCCCGUGCACUGGAGCGCUCCACGGCUCACACACUCCUUGCCGAUAGGCGCCUGAGUUGACGAACGCUGAUCAGAUCUUCCUUCUAAUUAGAGUGUGGCUCAGGACACAGAAGGGCCCCAUGUCGAUGGGAGGUGAGGAACACGGGCAUGUGGAUACCCCAGAAAAUGUAAAUGCUGCUUUUGAAGCCCAGGCUCCCAUUUCUUCCCCCCUUCUGGCCUUUGACACAAAUAUGGCAGAACGAAGCCUGAUAAGUUGAUGGCACUUGGCUGAUCUCCCUCGGUGGGUUCUUGGCGAGAAUUGCAAGGAUUCAUGAAAUGGCCAAAUGGCAGGGUCGGUCGGAGGGCUGGCCGGUGCCCGGCCCUGAUCGCCUUGCUGGAAGCUUUAUUCUAAAUUGUCAUUUGUGAAUGUUACAGAGGGAGGAGUGUAAGAGCCCAAAGUAUGGGUUUCCAAAGAAAGAUAUUUAAAUUUAUGUAGAUUGGUGCUGUACAAUAUUUUGAUAAAUAUUAACUUAUUUUGUUGGGGUUUUGGUUGUCUUGCUGUCUUUUAGGGUUCGUUAGCUCUUUGUUUGCUUGAUUCGUCUGUUAUUUUUCCCUAUAGGCAAAGAGAACUUGAAGGAAAGAGAGUGUCCAAGAAAGGUGGAGGGGAAAGAAAAAAUUUGUUCUUGGCUUUAAUUGCUCUUUCUGACUGAAAUUUCUGUGCCAGACAGCACACAACAGACUGUGUGUUUAGGUGACAUUUCAGCCGGCGACAUGUGUCAUUCUACCAACCGACAAGGUGUAUGUGCCUGAUAACAGACAGUGAGCCGCGGGGUGAGGGCCUGCUGGCAUGGGGCCUUCCUCAGCCCGCGGCCAGGAGGCUCAUCAGGAAGGCUUGACGGCUCACUAGUGAGAAGCCCCCACCCACUGCCUCCCAUCCGGGGCCAGGAGCCUCCCACUUAGGACAGGAUGCCUGGGGGUGACAGGGAUAAUUAGUUCAUGUGGUCACCGUGCUUUCAGUUUUUGGGCGGCGGCCAGGGUUUUCCUCCUCUGUGCAUUGAGGAUGCUGAUGCAAGGAGCACUGUUGAGGGUAAGCCUCCCCAGUGUGGACGGGCUUUUUCCUAUGUCAGCGUUCAUUGCUUCCCCCCAAAUACACACACACACAGGCAAGAAAUCACCACAAGUGCCCGACAGUUGGGUUCCCCCCUGUCCCCUGCCCCCAAGCAAGACUGAUUCUGUUUCACGGCCUGGCCACUAUUUCCCUACAUCAUCAGAAAUUCCAUACUUCUAGAGAUGCCCUUCGGGGAUGUUGUGUCUGCUUUUAUCUGUGGCCCAGCCCCAAAUACCCACAUUGGAAAGACCCAUUUGUGUUGAGUAAGCACCCCUUCCUGCCUCCCAUAGUCCCCCGCCCUGCAGGUUUUUGUGACCCCGUGAAGGCUCACAAAGAAGCGAACGCUGGAGCCCCCAGACCUCUGCUGAGGACUGAGGGGCGCGGAGGCCCACCAGGGAGGCAGGCGGGCUCCGUGGGUGGGUGGGGCUGAGCCCCCAUCCAGGAGGAGGACCUUCAGCCAGAGAGUGGGCCUCUGCACACUCCUCAGCCCACCCCACCACUCACCCCCUCAGCCCAACUUUGGGUCCCGUUUGUGUUCCCAAGCCAGUAGCAGGGAGUGACGGGGCCGUCUUCCCGGGCUGUUUGGGAACCACUGCUAAAUUGAUACUGUUGUCAGAGCCCCUCGGCUUCCUGACUCGUGGGCUUGUUCCACUGUCAGGAGAUGAGCCUCCUGGUCCCGGGUGCUGGUGCUGUGGUCCAGGUGUCACAGGCUUCCUGCUGCCACGUGUCCACAGGUGACCGCACCACCUGGGGGGGCCUCACCCUUCUGAGUUCCAGAGGCCCUGCUGCACCCCCUUACACACCUUUGGUGUAGCCUGUGUGCACACCUGGAGGAGGUGCCUGGCCCUUGUUCGCGGGGAUUCCCACGUGGCUGUGGAUGUGACCUGGGCUCUACUCUCUCCCGACCCCUCUGUCCCAGCCACUGGGUGGCCGUUUUGAAGUGACUGAGCUUUGCAGUCUGCACAGAAUGGCCGCUGGCCUAACACCAGCACAGCACAGGGGCAGAGGCUGGGCCCCGUGGGUGAGGGUGGGCGGGCCUCAUGAAGGCCCCACCCAGACCAUAGGUGGGCUCGUGGGCAUUUCAGGGGCCUCACCACGGGCGAAGACCUGUUGGCUCUGCUCCAGGACCCAUCUUUCGGGUUCACGUGUCCCGCUUUUACACCUCUAGUACGAGCUGAUGGCUGUGUCGGCUCCCCAGAGCCAUCUCCGUAAAGACGGGAGCGAGGGAUCGCCGUGCCAGGCCCCCAUCACCGAGGCGCUCGAGCACAGGUGAAGUUUCCAGGCAUGCCCGCACUGCCGGGCAUAGGUGUGCGACGCUUGUGUGCUUGUGCGCAGAACUGUUACAAACUUACCAGCAGAUGGAACUCAAUAUAUGUUACGUAUAAUUGUUAUGCAUAAUUUAAGAUACAUGUUUGCCAUCAUCAUGAAAGUAUUGUAAGUAAGGCUCCUUAGGGAGAGUGAGAGAGACAUUUUGACUCUCGUGGACUUUUUUUGGUAAUGAAAUGCUUUAUUGAUCCAGUGGUGCAAGAGGCUACACUCCGUAUUUCAUCACCAGAGUUAUGAUGCCUAAUGGGUUUUUAAGGCAAAAAAAAAAAAAAAAAAGCCAACUGACUUUGAUACUAUAUUCAUCACUAUGAUCCAGAGUCUUUAUGUGCCUAUUGCUUCUCUUUCAAGAGGGAUGUGGACCAGCCAACGGUCUCAGGGCACAGUUCUCAAGGAACCCUCCUGGAUCACCCUGUAAGUGUGUUGAACUGCCAGCUGAAAAACCCCCAUGAAAUAAAGACCUUGGCUGUGAAGUCCAAAUUGAAUUUCUCAGGGUAUGAGGAUGUCCCACAGGGUCAGGAAGAUGCGCUUGGACUUUGUUAAGUCAUUAACAAGGUAUAUGAUUUUGUGUUUCUUCAUGACAAACUUUUUUUAAGUUUGGGACUUAUUUUCCUUUUUGAGGAGUUGUAAUAUAUGUAUUUAAAAUAUGUUUCCUGCUUAAGUUGUGCCUUUCAGCGUCGGUGGGUGUAAGCAGCACAGUGGGUGAUGAUCUGGGUGAGGGCUGGUUUGUCACCAAACCUGAAGAGCUGUGGUUUCUCCAGAAAACUUUUCUUUUAUUGACCGUGGAGCCGUUAUUAAAAGAAUUGUGUUUCUUAUUAUGUAAAUUGUAUAAUAUUUUUUGCUUGUUUGAUCUAUUUUUCUAAUAGUUUUCUUAUAGUUUCUUACAAUUGUGAUAACUAGAUUUAGAUUCUGACACACAACUGCAAAGCAGGCUGUCUCUGCUGGCCCUCCUGUUUUUAAGGACAAGCGUAGAGGUCACGCAUCAUCACCUUUAAGAAAAUGUGAAACUCUGUAUCCCAUUUUUGCUGACAAUACUAUAUGUCCACAACCUCCUACUAUAUGUUGUAAAAUCAAACUAUUUUGUGGUACAUUAUCUCAUGCUUCCGCUAACUCUAAUAAAUUCUGUCUAUGGCUUCAGCGUGCA